AUGGAGCAAUGUCCAGAAGAGAAGGCCAACUUUUUUUCGAGAAUGUUCUACACGUGGUUAAACCCCACUCUCAAAGAGGCAGCCAGGUCGCCGAUUACAACAGAGGCCAUUUAUAGGAGGCCAGAAAUAGAGGGUUCAGAUUAUGUCACUGGUAAAUUGGAGCAGCAUUGGGAGCAAGAAAAACGAAAACCUCGUCCCAGUCUACACAGAGCGGUUUAUAGGGCGCAGUUGAAAUACAUGGUUUACACAGCUAUCACAAUUUUGACCGAAGUCCUAUCGCUGAACCAAAAAUCAGUUGUGAAUUCGUCAGCCGGACAUAUCAUCAAUCUUCUGUCAACAGAUGCACAGCGUUUUGAAUUGACUUUUAUGUUCCUUCAUUACGCAUGGGUUGGACCUCUGCAAGCACUGGUUGUCUUCUAUCUAAUGGGAGAAAUCACACUUGUUCCAACGAUAUGCGGGGCCGCGGUGAUGGCUGUGUUCAUCCCAAUGCAGUCGUUGAUGAAUCGUGCUUACUCCAAACUA